GCCGCCUUUAAGUACCGCGUUCGCCGUCUCGGUUACUACCCGCUCUGUCGCCGAGGGACCUGCUGCAGCCGGGUCGGAGUGGAGGCGGCGCGGCAUGAAGCGGCGCAGGCCCGCUCCGUAGCACCGUCGGGACGGUCCGGGCGGGGCCGGGGGGGAAGGAUUGGAUGGUGAGAAAAGGAAAGACUCCUAUGAGAAGAGACCAGGAUGAGCAAAGGGAGCUAUGCUUGAAGUUGAGUCACUUGAAAAAAGAUCUCUUUGAAUGUGGAAGAGAUCUGAGCAGAUGAAAAUACAAUCAGGAAAAUGCAACAUGGCAGCAGCAAUGGAAACAGAACAGCUGGGUGUUGAGAUCUUUGAAACUGCAGAGUGUGAGGAGAAUAUUGAAUCACAGGAUCACCCUAAAUUGGAGCCAUUUUAUGUUGAGCGAUAUUCCUGGAGUCAGCUUAAAAAGCUGCUUGCUGAUACCAGAAAAUAUCAUGGCUACAUGAUGGCUAAGGCACCACAUGACUUUAUGUUUGUGAAGAGGAAUGAUCCAGAUGGGCCUCAUUCACACAGGAUCUAUUACCUUGCUAUGUCUGGUGAAAACAGAGAAAAUACACUGUUUUACUCUGAAAUUCCCAAAACCAUCAACAGAGCAGCAGUCUUAAUGCUUUCUUGGAAGCCUCUCUUGGAUCUCUUUCAGGCAGCACUGGACUAUGGGAUGUAUUCUCGAGAAGAAGAACUGUUAAGAGAAAGAAAACGCAUUGGAACAGUUGGAAUUGCUUCUUAUGAUUAUCACCAAGAAAGUGGAACAUUUCUAUUUCAAGCUGGUAGUGGAAUUUAUCAUGUAAAAGAUGGAGGGCCACAAGGAUUUACUCAACAACCGAUACGGCCCAAUUUAGUGGAGACUAGUUGUCCCAACAUUCGGAUGGAUCCCAAAUUAUGCCCAGCUGAUCCAGACUGGAUUGCUUUUAUACAUAGCAAUGAUAUUUGGAUAUCCAACAUUGUAACCAGAGAAGAAAGGAGGCUCACCUAUGCGCACAAUGAGCUAGCCAACAUGGAAGAGGAUCCCAGGUCAGCUGGAGUUGCUACCUUUGUUCUUCAAGAAGAAUUUGAUAGAUAUUCUGGCUAUUGGUGGUGUCCAGAAGCUGAAACAACUCCCAGUGGCAGCAAAAUUCUUAGAAUUCUGUAUGAGGAAAAUGAUGAAUCUGAGGUGGAAAUUAUUCAUGUUACGUCCCCUAUGUUGGAAACAAGGAGGGCAGAUUCAUUCCGUUAUCCUAAAACAGGCACAGCAAAUCCAAAAGUCACUUUUAAGAUGUCAGAAAUAAUGAUUGAUGCUGAAGGAAGGAUUAUAGAUGUCAUAGAUAAGGAACUAAUUCAGCCUUUUGAGAUUCUGUUUGAAGGAGUUGAAUAUAUUGCCAGAGCUGGAUGGACUCCAGAGGGAAAAUAUGCUUGGUCCAUCCUACUAGAUCGCUCCCAAACUCGCCUACAGAUAGUGUUGAUCUCGCCUGAAUUAUUUAUCCCAGUAGAAGAUGAUGCCAUGGAGAGACAGAGACUCAUCGAGUCAGUACCUGACUCUGUGACACCACUGAUUAUCUAUGAAGAAACAACAGAUAUCUGGAUAAAUAUCCAUGACAUCUUUCAUGUUUUUCCUCAAAGUCAUGAAGAUGAAAUUGAAUUUAUUUUUGCCUCUGAAUGCAAAACAGGUUUUCGUCACUUAUAUAAAAUCACAUCCAUUUUAAAAGAGAGCAAAUACAGACGAUCCAGUGGUGGGCUGCCUGCCCCAAGUGAUUUCAAGUGUCCUGUCAAAGAGGAAAUAGCAAUUACCAGUGGUGAAUGGGAAGUUCUUGGCCGGCAUGGAUCUAAUAUCCAAGUUGAUGAAGUCAGAAAGCUGGUAUAUUUUGAAGGCACCAAAGACUCGCCUUUAGAACAUCAUCUGUACGUGGCCAGUUAUGUAAAUCCUGGAGAGGUGACAAGGUUGACUGACCGUGGCUAUUCCCACUCUUGCUGCCUCAGCCGGUAUUGUGACUUCUUUAUAAGUAAGUAUAGUAACCAGAAGAAUCCACAUUGCGUGUCCCUUUACAAGCUAUCAAGUCCUGAAGAUAACCCAACUCGAAAAACAAAGGAAUUUUGGGCCACCAUUCUGGAUUCAGCAGGUCCUCUUCCUGACUAUACACCUCCAGAAAUUUUCUCUUUUGAAAGUACUACUGGAUUUACAUUGUAUGGGAUGCUGUACAAACCUCAUGAUCUACAACCUGGAAAGAAAUACCCCACUGUGUUAUUCAUAUAUGGUGGUCCUCAGGUGCAGUUGGUGAAUAAUCGGUUUAAAGGAGUCAAGUAUUUCCGCCUGAAUACCCUGGCCUCUCUGGGUUAUGUGGUUGUAGUGAUAGACAACAGGGGAUCCUGUCACCGAGGGCUUAAAUUUGAAGGCGCCUUUAAAUAUAAAAUGGGUCAAAUAGAGAUUGACGACCAGGUGGAAGGACUCCAGUAUCUAGCUUCUCAAUAUGAUUUCAUUGACUUAGAUCGUGUGGGCAUUCAUGGCUGGUCCUAUGGAGGAUACCUCUCCCUGAUGGCCUUAAUGCAGAGGUCAGAUAUCUUCAGGGUUGCUGUUGCUGGGGCCCCAGUCACUCUGUGGAUCUUCUAUGAUACAGGCUACACAGAACGUUACAUGGGUCAUCCUGACCAGAAUGAACAGGGCUAUUACUUAGGAUCUGUGGCCAUGCAAGCAGAAAAGUUUCCCUCUGAACCAAAUCGUUUACUGCUCUUACAUGGAUUCUUGGAUGAGAAUGUCCAUUUUGCACACACCAGUAUAUUACUGAGUUUUUUAGUGAGGGCUGGAAAGCCAUAUGAUUUACAGAUUUAUCCUCAGGAGAGACACAGCAUAAGAGUUCCUGAAUCUGGAGAACAUUAUGAACUGCAUCUUUUGCACUACCUUCAAGAAAACCUUGGAUCACGUAUUGCUGCUCUGAAAGUGAUAUAAUUUUGACCUGUGUAGAACUCUGGUAUACACUGGCUCUUUAACCAAAUGAGGAGGUUUAAUCAGUAGAGAACGUAGAAUUGAUCAUACAUUUUGGUACCUGCCAUAUAACAUCUACUUCUGAAAAUGUUUGGUGCCAUGCAGUCAUUUACAGCUAUGGUUAAAAAUCUAAUACCUUAAGCAUACACACACAAAAUUGAAUGACACCUAUUUCUAAGGCACCCAGCAAUACCAUGAGAAUUACUGAAAGAAAUAAAACCUUAGCACCAUGUAUCCAUACCACCUUAUUUUCACUUUUUAAUAGCAUUAUAAACCUCAUGAACUUAAUUAGUGUAUUUUGACAGUAUACUUCUGAGUUUGUUAAAAUAUGAUGGUAUUAGUGAUUGGUUGGUUCAGUUCCAGAAACUCUGACUAGUUACAGAUUUGGUAGCACUUAAAUGUAAUUGAAUAGCUUAUGCUUCAUUGCUUGGGAUGCAUCCAGCAUGUUAUGAACUAAUCACUAUUAAACCUACGGCUUGACCAGUCAUUUAUGAUUUUCAAGGAUUACUUAGUGACCUCCUAAAGACACUUAUUUUGUUUCAUUCAAGCUCUGACCAGAUUUUAGCCAAUUAAAGCUAUUCAGUAUAAAUAGUUCUCUUGGAUGAUAUGACAGAGUGGGUUUCUCCUUUCACAUAAAGGCAAGUAACUGUAUAUGUAGCAUGGAUUUAAUUAGUCUUAUAAUAUUGAUAAUUACAGGCAGAACAUUUUUAAUCAAAUGAUUAGAGCUUAAAUAUUUGCAGGCGAUUUACUUUAGGAAAAGGAAGAAGUACAUAUUCACUUGUAUUCUUCAGAAAAUUUAGUGGUGCCAGUUUCCAUUUGGGUAUUUUCUUAUUAAAAUGUUCCAGAGUUUUAGGGGAAUGAGAAUCGUGGUGGGGUGGGGGAAAUAGGGUGUGGAGAGUGACAGGGAGAGCAGAAGGUGAGGAUUUGCUUAAGAACUAAGUAGGAAUAUAAUUUGGCCAAAAAUACUCAUGAAAAAGUUUGGAAGUGAAAUUUAAACUCCUAGAAUGUUAGUUACAGAAGUCAGAAUUAAGUGACUCUCUUGCCAAUACAUUUAAAGACUAACAGGGAAGAAAAGUUCCUUAGAGUUACCUUUAUAAUUUAAUUCUAAUUUUUGUUCUUGAUUUUGGAAACCUUACAAAUUCAAGCUUUCUUUAUCCUUUUUCAGAUUCUUUGAGCAUAAUUUAGAUACUGUGAGCUUAAAAUGAAGAGGUUUCCUGACAGCCUCUUUACCACAAGCUGAUCCUCAGGAAGCAUGGCUCUCUUCUUCAGUGUUCAAAGCAUAUAAGCAAUUGUGUUGAAGGGCCAUGACAUUCCCUGGUAUAGCCCUGGCACUUGACUAUUAUGGGAGCUCAGAGGCUUUCAGGUGCUGAUUAGGAUCUGUCCUCUUAGAAACUUGGGGUGCUAGAUGUGAGUCUCAUUGGAGCUAGUGGCAGAGAAGGCACCUAGGAGUUUGGCCCUUUUUAAUCACAAGCCCUGGUGUUUGGAACAUGUUACCAGUACUUUUAAACACUUCAAGAAAAAUUUCUCUUUUUCAUUCUCACCACUACAGAUAGUAGAUUAUUCUUCCAGAGAGAGCGCAGCCUCCAUUAGUAAGAUGGUUAUUAUGCGUCAGAGGUGGGAGGAAGUCCAGAAAUGGCAGGGUGACCUGGUGGUUCUGUCCUUGGGAAAGGGAUUGGGUUUUGCCCUUUGUUUAUUUAUGUUGUAUAAGAGGUACCACAGUUUUCUUCAUUGUCUGUAUAUGUAUUGAUUUUCUUGUUUAUAUUUUCCCAUUCAAAGAUUUGUUUAUAUUUUUUUCAAUGUUAAAUUAAAUUGAUUUGGGUAA